AUAUAAUGAAUAGAUAUACCACACUCACAAUAGUCGUAACUAGUUGUGUUCUCCUCCUAGUAACCCUUGUUAGUCUUGAGUAGACUCCUAGUUUCCUCACUUAUCGCCCUAAGGAAUAUGAUGUGACGUAUAGAUUUGAAGCACUCUAGUCUUAUAACCCAGAUUGACAAUUGUGAUUAAACAGUGUUCCUUGAAGUAUUUAUUCCAUCCUAUUCCAGGGUCUUUGCCAAGGAGGAAAUUGGGCUCAUAUCUUCACCUAGUCUCUGUACCUGACCAAUUGUCUUAGAUCGUCAUCAAAGUAACCUCGUCUUUCAGCUGAAGAAUUGCUACAAUGUACCAAGUGGGAUGAGGACAAAUGUUCUUCUACACCCAAAUCAUUGAAGAUUGUCAAUAGCAUCAAGAAGUAUUGUCUCAUUCCACUAAACAAUAUAGUUUCUUGUUAGAAAAUGGUCUGAGUACCAAUAAGUGUCUUUCAUAUAAGCAAACAGUCAAUUUCAACCUAAAGAACAAAUGUCCAAUCAGAUGUGACGAUUUGAGUUUCAAGAAAUCAGAGUUGAGAGCCAAAGAUCUUAUAGAACUUACAUCAACACAAGACAUACAAGAUCACAUUAUAAAUAAAGGUCCUGUUGUCAUGGCUUUGAAAUGUAUUCACUUAUGUAUACUAUUAUAAAGAUGGCUCAAGCUUGAAUGAAUACUCAAGUGGACUUUAUACCACCAAGAAGAAUGAUCAAGACUUUGGCAUCAGAUUUUUAAUGGUUGUGGGUUGGCACACUGAAACUGAUGGCAAAAUUGCAUGGAAAUCAUUGAACUCUUUUGGCACCCAAUACGGAGUAGAUGGCAGAGUCAAUGUGGGAGAGAAGAACCAAUACAUUUUGGGAUACUUUGGAUUUGAUGUCUGAAUUAAUAAAUUAUCAAAUAAUUAAAU